GGGAAAAAGCUAAAUUGACAACACUGGUCAAUUGUUUCUUUUGUUUACAAAUCAGAAAUUGACAAAUUAACUUCAGUGUAACGAAUAUUUUAUAAUGUAAUUGUUUGUGUAAAAGUAAAACUAGACAAUAAUUUACCAUGGACAAGUUUUUGAUAAAGAAGGCGAAGGUUGUAGAACAACGGCCUCCCACGCAGUCAGUCGAAAGCGAUGGCAGUGAAAGCGACACAGCUGGCGAAAAAAAGGAUCCAAAACGCAAAUUUCGGAAAGAAUGGCUAACCCAAUUUAAUUGGCUCAAAGAGCAAAAUGGGAGCGCAUACUGCACUGCUUGCGAAAAGUCCAUGGUGAACCACGUAGCGAAGCUAAAACGACACACAGAGCAAUCAAGCCAUGUUCAAAAUGUGAUCAAGAAAAAGGGCCAAGUGAAGUUAGAUUCUUUUCUUAAAGAACAAAAUGAUACUUUAGAAAAGCAAAUCCGAAACGCAGAAUUCAGUUUAGUGAUCCGUGUGUUGUCCGGACUCAAAAAUAGCGCAGUCUUUACGCUGCGGCAGAACCAAAUCGACCCAGCUAGCAGAGAUUUUAGGGAACGAAGCAAUGAAGAGAAUAGUAUCGGAUCUCAGAACGUGUAA